GGGAGAGACCAGAGCAUCCUCAGGUGUGAGGUGUGGGAAAGGCCCCUUCUCUGCCCCCUCGGCGAACUGAUUUCCUUUUCUACCUCACCCUUGGCCGGCUGAGCUGGCCCGGUCCCAAGGAAGUUGAGUCUGGGGCAGGAGGCAGUCAGUUCAUGCACUGAGCACACCUCUCCUCUCUCUGAGCAGCUCCCAGCAUGGGCAAAGAGAAGACCCACAUCAACAUUGUGGUCAUCGGCCACGUGGAUUCGGGCAAGUCCACCACAACAGGGCAUCUCAUCUACAAAUGUGGGGGCAUCGACAAGAGGACCAUCGACAGGUUUGAGAAGGAGGCCGCGGAGGUGGGCAAAGGUUCCUUCAAGUACGCCUGGGUACUGGACAAGCUGAAGGCAGAGCGGGAACGUGGCAUCACCAUUGACAUCUCCCUGUGGAAGUUUGAGACCAAAAAAUACUACAUCACCAUCAUCGAUGCCCCAGGUCACCGUGACUUCAUCAAGAACAUGAUCACAGGCACCUCACAGGCAGACUGCGCUGUGCUGAUUGUGGCAAGUGGUGUAGGUGAGUUUGAGUCUGGCAUCUCUAAGAAUGGGCAGACCCGUGAGCAUGUACUGCUGGCCUAUACGCUGGGUGUGAAGCAGCUCAUCGUGGCAGUCAAUAAGAUGGACAUCACGGAGCCUCCUUACAGUAGUGCACGCUUUGAGGAGAUCAGCAAGGAGGUGAAGGCCUAUAUCAAGAAGAUCGGUUACAACUCUGAGGCUGUUGCCUUUGUGCCCAUCUCGGGCUGGCAUGGAGACAACAUGAUAGAACCCAGCAACAAGAUGUCCUGGUUCAGAGGCUGGAAGAUCACCAGGAAGGAAGGAAACAUGGUGGGCAUGACCCUGCUAGAAGCGCUAGACUCCAUCAUGCCCCCUGCCCGCCCUGUGAACAAGCCCCUGCGGCUGCCUCUGCAGGACGUAUAUAAGAUUGGGGGCAUCGGCACUGUGCCCGUGGGCCGGGUAGAAACAGGCUUCCUCAGGCCCGGCAUGGUGGUGACCUUUGCCCCCUGCAAUAUCACCACGGAGGUCAAGUCUGUAGAGAUGCACCACGAGGCCCUGGCUGAGGCCCUGCCCGGCGACAAUGUGGGCUUCAAUGUGAAGAACGUGUCGGUGAAGGACAUCAGGCGGGGCUAUGUGGCAGGAGACAGCAAGAAUGACCCGCCCUCAGAGGUGGGGAGCUUCGUCUCCCAGGUGAUCAUUCUCAACCACCCUGGCAGUAUUGCGGCUGGCUACUCGCCAGUUCUGGACUGCCACACGGCCCACAUCGCCUGUAAGUUUGCAGAGCUCAGGGAGAAGAUCGACCGGCGCUCAGGCAAGAAGCUGGAAGAUAAUCCCAAAGCCCUAAAGUCUGGGGACUCGGCCAUUGUUCAGAUGAUCCCACGAAAGCCCAUGUGUGUAGAAAGCUUCUCCGAGUACCCACCCCUUGGUCGCUUCGCUGUCCGUGACAUGAGGCAGACGGUGGCAGUUGGGGUCAUCAAGGCUGUGGAGAAAAAAGCAGCAACUGGUGGCAAAGUCACCAAAUCUGCCAUGAAAGCGGCCAGGAAGUGAGUGGUGACAGCUACUUCAGGCCUUUCCAGGCCAGGAGCAGCCCAGGAGGAGCCACAGCUGGAAAAGAAUGGGCUCAAGGAGAAGCCUUGGACUUACGCUUCUCUUGCCUUAACUGUCUUAAACCUGCCCCCUGCUAAUGCAGUUUUCUUUUUGCUGAGGAGCUUGAGGCAUGGGAAUAAAGCACACCAAGACUUUUUGCCCCUGCCUCUGUUGGCCUUGAUGCUGCGAGCAAGGAGGAAGCAGGUGGGGUGCUCAGUCUAAUUCUACCCCUUGCUUUCCUUCUGGUGCCUGACUGGUGCAAGAACCAGAGAGCUGGGGUCACAGGGGGGAAAAGGUGUAAAGAGAAAAGUCCAGGGCAGCUUUUGGCCCCGGCCAAGUUCAUCAGUUCCUAGAACAGGACUCUAGUGUUAAACAGCCUGACUUUAGUGUCUAUAAAAGUUACUAAACUUCUGUGUGCCUCGCUCAUCUGUAAAAUGGGAAAACAAUGUCGGCCUCCACAGGGAUGUUGAAGUUUGAGCAAGCUGGUACUUGCUGGGCAUGGUAAUUAGCUACUCUCAUUAACAUGGUGUGGGCACUGGAGGCAAGUGAGCACUAUCCUGGGAUAGCACUAUCCAGAACUGGAGAAGUUCUGUUGGAAAAAAGUUGGCAGGGGGCGAGUGAGCCCUGAGAUUUGUAGGGCAAGCUCUGUUUUAGAUCUGCAGGGUACAUGUCUCCCUCGGGUUAUUUUAACUUCAG